UUGUCAAUUUUAGGUUUCAGAUGGGUGCUCGCGAGCGCCCCCUUUGCGGUCGAUAUGCGCCCUCGAUGCGCACUUUUGCCAAGCACGCACUGGUGUGAGCUCCGCAGCAGACUUAUUCCUGACAGUCAAAGCGGCAUUACGUCACAAAUCUCCAGACUCGUAGGAAGACCGUGAGUGUUUAGGGUGCCAUUUGGGACAGGGCCAUAAGCUCUGCAGUCUACAUAUUGUAAUACACCCAUUUAAUACGUUUCCUCCAAGUGAGAGGUAGGGCCACAUGAAGUAUGGUCCACAGGAUCCACCAAUGACUCGCACAUAUACACCACCUCUUUCCCCCGACCACUGACAGACAGCAUCCCAGAGCGCGUGCAGACUGUGCACGAACAUAUAAAUACUUUCACCGACAGCCCUCUCACACGAGACUUGCUGUUUUGAUGUGUGUCUCUGAGUUCAGAGAAUCCCUAACUUCUCUUUUUCCUUCCACCCUGUCUUUUCCCUCUCCUCAUGUGUUUUUUUGGGGUCUGUGCAUGGAGAAUGCUGACAUGAGAUUUCCUGCCAGUGUGUUUUCCUGUUCAAAGCGCUAUUACUUCAUUCAAAAUGUUUUUUUUUUGGCACUGUGCACAUCCAUCAUCGGAUUCCAUGAGGAUGGAGCUCUUUGUGGACAUACAGCUCAUAUGUCUAACAAUCUGAAUGGUCCAGUCGAUUAUUCCUUAACCUUGUCCUCCCCUCCCAUAUCCUGGGAGAGACUGUGCCUCUUUCCAUUGUAAAGUGGUUUAGAUUACACUGCUUCAUUGUUGAUUUCUGCCUCUUUCAUCCUCCGUAACUAAAAUGACAAACACAUUUCUCUUUUAACUUGAAGAACACAGUUCAUUUGUCAUAUCUCGCUUGCAUCUCCCUCUCUCCAGGCCUGCCGUGAAGAUACAGCGGCUCAAAGGGGAAACUGCUUCGCUCUGCAGUCAGGGGCCUCCUAACAAGAUUUGCUUACAGUGUGAGAGGAAGGGAGAAGGCGGGAGGAGAUGUGAUGCUGUGGACUUUCCUCUUCAUGGGCCACCAACUUACUCACCACAAGCCUUCAUUGUAGAUUUAUGGCAGCUUCCAGAUUGGCUGGCUAACAAUCAUGCAGACUUGCCCAGAGCGAUUUCUCAAGUGAAGCAAGACCACAGAAGGAAGGGCAAAGGUCAUUGUGCUGCCAUUAGUGGUUCAUGGAGUAACUUCAUUUCCCAUUAUGAUUCAAGGCUGGAAUUAAACCUUGGAAGCUGAUUGGUGCCCAUCAGUAGGUCAGUGUGCCAACUUCAGUGGGUUGAUGGCCCAUCUGUGGAUGUUCCCACAUCUGUACACUCUUAAUGCUGUAAUCCUGCAGUGUCACACACACAUAUAUUACACCCAACCCGUUCACAGUGUGUCUACAGUAUCUAGCCAAAAGAAAGUGGACUGUAUGCGGUGAGUGGUGCUGUUAAAUGGAUUUCUGACCACAAUUCAAGAGGACAUUGAAUAUGACCUGAGCAACAAGGAUGCCAGCAGCCAUGAGUUGCUAAAGGAAGAGUUGAGGCUUCUACCGCUGAGCAGUAAGAUAAGCAUGCUAACACACCAAAAGAAACCAGUCACUAGGUCCUGUAGUUUGGGUGAUACGGUGCAGAGAAGUCAUACCUUUCACUCCACUUGCCAAGGGCAAGACGAAAUCCUUGAAGAUGAGGAAUCCCCACGUCAAAGAAGGAUAACUGUUGCAUCUUACAUUCCCCAGUCUACAGACCAAACUGGAGAAAAUGCAGUGAAGCAGGAUUCUAAUGGGUACAAUGCCAAAACUUUAGCAGAGCUGAACACGGAGGAGGUCUGCCAGUGGUUUAGUAAUAUUGGUCUACAGAAAUGCCUCCCCUUCAUUAGAGAUGCAGAGUUCAGUGGAACUCACAUCGCUUCUAUUGAUCUCCACACCCUUGAAAUCCUUCAAUUGUCCAGUCUGGAGGAGAGAGAGAGACUCCUGUCUGCCAUCUACCAUGAGUUACACCCACCGAACGCCACCACCCAAAGACUCAACUCCCUCCUGGAAAGGUUUGGUCCACACAAUGUUGAGAAAUUCACAGCGGCUUUGGUGUCCAUGACCAAGUCAAAUUCUUCUCCUCAAGUUAGCAGCAUCAACAUGAACCGAUGCUCAUUCAAAUUCAGACAGAAAGAGCAAAAUGCUAGGUUUCAGAAGAACUCACAUCUCAUUGAAAUCACAGUCAAUGCGUCAGAACAAACAGUUCAUUUAAGGACACCCAAAGAGACAAGUGUGGGAAAAGUAAUGGAGUCCUGCCUGAGGAUGCUAGGAAUUAAUGAAGAUAAAGAUCACUUCAACCUGAAAAGCAAAGAAGAUGAGUUCUCCCCUGAGCAGCAGAUUGGAGAUUUGCCUGGCUCAGAAACAAGACUAAUGGAGCUUCACUUAUGUAGGAAGAAAGAUGGUCCUGAUUCCCCAAAUAACCUUCGUACUGCUGAUGAUAUUGAGAGCAAAAAUCUGCUAAACAACACUGGCAAGAUUCGAGAGCUAAACCAACAGGUGGCCUCCCUUCAAAAUGUCAUCAUACAGGUUCAGGAGCUUUACCAUGGCCUGGUGGCCUUCUGUUCAGAGCUGAAGAAGAUGGAGGGAGACAUGGAUGCAGUGCAAACAGACAGCUUGGAAGUGAAGAGGCGUCUCAGUGAAGCCCAGGACAGUUUGAAGAGGAAGAGACAGAGCCUUCAAACACUCAGGGACAGUCUUAACACAGCACCAGUGCAGAAGAAUAAGCCAUCAGAGGUCCGACUUCUGGAGAAGAUGAGGGUGAACUGCCAGGUGUUUAAAGAUGAGAUCACACUGAUCCACCUAAAUCGGCAGGUGGCUCACCUGCGUGAAGCUCUGGAGAAGACCCAGGCCAAGGAGAAAGCUAAGAGGAAGAGCCCUACUCUGACUCAGCUGGUCUCUUUGCAGUCUCCUGUCAUGCUGGUGGCCACCCAAGUGAAAGCAGACCCAGGCGGUCAUUAUGGUUUCUCUGCACGCUGGGUAGAGGGCCAGGGAUUGAUGGUGGUACACACUGAGGGUGCUAGUCUCUGUCUGAAUGACAGGCUGGUGGAGGUAAAUGGAGUGAGCGUCUUGGGGAGCAGUGAGGACGAGCUGGAGUUGCUGCUCAAGACUCACAUUGCCCACAUCAUUGUCCUACGCCAACUGGCCCAAGUGCAUCCACAGGAAAACCCUUCUGCAAUCAGUGAUCACCAGGACAUACAAGUGCUGCAGAAACACCAAGCAAUAUAAACCAACUAAACACUGUCUUUCCUGUUGAUAAGAAGAAACACUGUCUUUUCUAACACUUUCUUUCCUGUCUUUCUGCAGAAACAUAGUCAGACACAGCUGACGCAAACAUAUCUGAUGUUUUAUCCCACUUAUUAACGUAAUGACGUUUGUCUUGUAAGAGAAGAGGUUUAUAUGUUCACCCUGCAUUGCAUUCUCUGGGUCAUUUCGGGGCAGUUUCAAUUUUGGGAGUGUAUGACUUCAUGUUUUCGGGUUGAUACUAAUGUAAUAGCCAUAGUCUCAUUUAAUGGGUGGGUCAGUCAAAAAUUGCUCAUAAAAAUGGCAAUUGCAUGGGAAAAAGGCAUUUUGAAUUCUAAAUUGCAUUCAACCAUGAAGGUCAAGUUAGCAAAAUAAAUCAUUGUCAUAACUUUCACUUUGUACAGGCAGCUGUGGUGAAAUAGAAGGCAAUGAAACUUCCUGUAAGACUGACAUUAAUGAGAAUAUAGAUAUCAAAGCUGAACUUUUUUAAAAUGGCUAAAUAUUUAUUUCCAUGACAGUGCCUCAUGUCAAGGAUUGACUCGAGGAGCGAAAUGAAAUGAUGUAGCUGUUAAAGAUGUUAAAGGUUUUUUUUUAUGUAUAAAUUUGUAAAUUAUAAGCUUCAUGAAGAGGUCUGAUUAAAGUUUACUGCAAUAUGUGAAAACCUGCAAGCAGCCACCAUAGAUUAUUCCAUUGAAGUCUGUGUAAUCAAAAGAAAGAAUAUAUGUUUUUUCCUACUUCUCUCUUGGAAAAACAAAGGAGAAUUGUUCAGGUAUGGAAUAUACUGUCAGGAAGGGCACAAUCUUUUAGUUACAUACCCUGUUCUGAUAUUUUUGUAAUGUUUUUAGUAGAUUUAAUCAAGAUCUAUGUUAAAGGAAAGCCACACACACACACACACAAAGUGUGACAGAUGUGCUGGUUUAGCCCCACAUCUUGAUGCCUCUGCGGACCCCAUAUAUCCGGUCUUGUGGUUCAACCUUGUGGGUUUCAUUGUAAGCCUAUUAAUAAAGAGACUAGGCAUUCUAACUGGCAUUUGGGUCCCGCAAAUGGAGGGAGGUGACCUGACCCAUGACCUCUUGACCUUUGUGGUGGAAUUAUGUGGUCAUAUGAAUCUAUCUGUGGGAGUUGAAGAAAGUCUCAAGGAAAGGAAUCCUGCUAUUAGUAGUGGAAGUGAAUUACACUGUGUGUAAUACAGUAUGUUCAAGUACAGUGUGUGAUUCAUUUGCCAUUGUUCAGACUGUGUUCACAGAGUCAAUUUUUUCUCAUAGGCUGCUGAAACGUACGUUGCAUGAACACUAAUCUAAGGUACAACUAAUACAUUCAUCACAACCUUCAUAUCUGUCAGCACACAAAUAUGCCUUCGGUGUACUAGCACAUGGGAAGUAUUAAACAAUCAACAGGAAGUGUCCAUCCAAACCUUAUACGAUAAAGAUAAAACAUGAUUUAGCUGCACAAACUGUUCACACAAGGGAGGGCAAUCCAAACACACUUUCAUAAACAGUGCUGCUGGCAAGGAAAGAAAGACAUUGUGGGAUUCUCAAUAGCCUACGCCCUUCCCCACCCUCUCUAGUCAUGACAUGUCUCCUAAAAAUGCUUUCGGUAUUUUCUUUUUGAAAAAAACAACAACAACCUUAUUCAUAAGAAUAAGGAAGAGAAGAUUUAUAAUAAUACAGAAAUCACAACUAGUUGCACAAGAAUAAAAAAAUGCAUGAAAAUAAAAUAAAAAAGAAAGGUAACACUUUAGAAUACUGUUCUGUCAUUAAUGAGUAAUGCAAUAUUACCAUUCUAGAAACUCUUGACUAAAUAAUUAUUAAAGGUGCAGUAGGUGAUCUGGGAAAUGCUAAUGUUAGCCUGCUAGCAUUGAAAGCAUAAGAUUCCAUCCUUUCUGCAAAUCGCCAUCCAAAGCCAGGCCAGCAUUGCCAAGUGCGUGGUUUUUCCGCGGAAUUGGGAUACUUUAACGCUGUCGCCAUGGGUUGUUUUUCAUGUCCGCGGGUUGAAGCGACCCCAAAUAACAUGAUAUUUAACCCCUGGAAUGCAAAAUUUACCAGGGGGACCCCACCAAAAAAACAUAGAUUUUACCCCCGGCUACUUAGCAACUUGGUGGGUUUUGUUGUGAAAACCGGGCAACCCUGCCUCCAAAACACAUAAACGCACAUACACAGCUCUCCGCAAAGCAUCACAAGAAACGGCGUUAAACUACCUCAUGUCUCAAAGCACAUAACAUUACAAUAAUAAUGAACAUAAACAACUUGAGUACCUGACUGCUACCUUGUACCUGACUGCUGCAGAUUAAGUUCGGUGUUGAUACUGUUGACAUUGAUAUGCAUAAUUCCGAGUUUGAUUGAACAGCUCCAGUUAGAACGUCACAGGUUGCCAUUUCUUAAUUACGGUAGUUAUGGUGUGAACUGAGCAUAAGCUCAUUGUUUUGAGUCGGUAGGAACUGUAAAAGCUGGCUGCUGUUUGUUUGAGGUGCUCCGUGACUGAAACUCUGCGCAGCAUGAAACACGGGGUAAAAAUAUGGAGCCCCGCACAUGACAUGUAGGAAAAAAAAUAGUAUUCUAAAUCAUGCGCACAAUUUACUUUUUUUCCUGCAUGCCUUAUGCGGGGCUCCGUAUAAAAACAUACAGUGCAUUGACAGGCAGUUUGGACAUCGUACUGAAUAUACUAAUUGGAUGAACAUUUUAUAGUCCUACACCUUCCACAGACGAUAUAUAUUUAUUAAAAAUACAUUUAGACUGUUUAACAUAGUGAUUGCUGUAGACUUUUAACUAGUAUAACAAAAAAUGUUUCUGUAGAGAAUCACCUAUUGGACCUUUAAGUGUUAGUGCUCAGUUGAAUGAGGUAGUUCACUGUUAGCUAAUCAAUAGAUUUAUAAAAACCUCAAUACCUUACCAAAAACCUCAAAAGUUUACAAUGACUUUAGUCAUUACUAGGGAGUUAAUCUUUCAUUUCACUUUAGAAUACUGAUCCAAAUAAUUACUAAUUACCAUGAUCUUUACUUUUGAAUUAAUUAUAUAUUAUGCAUUCUUCACUUUAAUUAUGAAUCUGUAUAUAGUAGUUCUUAGUAGUCCUU